GAAUCCGAAUCCGAAUCCGAAUCCGAAUCCGAAUCUGAGAACGAAACUGAGAACGAGGAGAUCCCCGACGGCGGCUCCGAGACCCAAGAUGACAGGAUAGAGCACAAGCACGAUGCGCCCACCCCGGACCUCAACGCCGAUGGCUUGGGCUGGACUCGUAGACGUCCCAUCGUCUUUAUCGGUGACAGCACGAUGCGCUACCAGUUUGUUUCGCUGGCCUUCCGGCUGGCCAACGGCUACUGGCAGCACGAGGAGUCGCGGCCCGAUGGCGGUCGAGACGUCGCCUACAUGCCUGCCUGGAGCAGCUGGCGAGAUUACUACAGCGGCACCACCGAGCUGCUGCGGGGAUACGCCAUCUGUGACUGUGUCCGCGAGGUCGAUUUCCAACCCGACACCACCCGUAAGAUCAUCGAGAACCGAUACUUCCAGAUGCCCAACCGGCCGCCGCUCGUCUACCACACCAUGUUCAACGACAACGGCAUCUGCCACAUCAAAGGCCGGGCCUUCCCCGAGCUCAUCUCGCCCUACUUUGAUAGCGAUCCGGAAUGGUGCGACACCAUCCCCGGCCUGCUCGGCAACCUGCGCCGCCGCUACGGGCCCGGUCUAAUCAUCUACUUCAACUUUGGCAUCCACGACGGCGACAAGGUCAAGGCCGCACGCUCGCUGGUGCAGUUUGCCCGAUAUGCCCCCGACACCCUCAUCGUUUGGCGCCAAACCACCCCCGACCACUCGGGAACAAAGUCCGUCCACCACGACGAGCCUGUCUUUGAGGUCUUCCGCAAUGCUUCUCUCAGCAACAUUGCCGUCAUGCGCAUCUGGGAGACCCUGGAGGAGGAAAUCAAGGUCCGCGGCAAGGGCAGCGUCUUUAUCGACGACCUGCAUGUCCGACCCCGGAUCAACAAGCUCUUUAGCGAGCGGCUCGGCCAGAUCGUCGAGCAGCAUCUAGAGAGGCAGCCAUGAGCAGCGCGCUUGAGCAUUGAUUGCCUCUGGGUUUUGGACUCUGUUGACCCACAAUGACGGCAGAACCAGCAUAGCUCUGAGUCUUGAGAUCUUGUCGUGUCGAGCGCCGAAAUACAUCCUGCCUAGUUUCCCCCUUCUCUCGAUCACGU